AUGCCAGCAGUACGAACGGCAAAGAAUCGCAAACCGCCGCCCGACGGCUUCGAGGACAUCGAAGACACCCUGCUCGAGUUCCAGAACAAGCUCAAGGACGCCGAAAACGCCAGCCACGAGGGCAAGAAGAAGCACGAGAUGCUGUGGCCCGUCUUCCGGAUCACGCAUCAACGCUCAAGAUACAUAUACGACCUCUACUACGAGAAGGAGGCCAUCAGCAAGCAGCUCUACGAGUGGCUUUUGAAGAAUGGCUACGCUGACGCGAACCUGAUCGCCAAAUGGAAGAAGCAGGGCUACGAGAAGCUCUGCUGUCUGCGCUGCAUUCAAACCAAGGAGACCAAUUUCAACAGCACGUGCAUUUGCCGCGUGCCGCGCGAGCAGCUGAAGGAGGAUCAGGAGAUCCAGUGUGUGAGCUGUGGAUGUCGCGGGUGUGCGAGUAAUGAUUAA